CAGGGCAGUGAACAGGGGGUCAGCAGGGCAGUGGAUAGGGUCAGCAGUUUGUACGGCAGCUUACAGAGGCCAUUAAAAUGUAAGGCAGUGAACAGGGGGCUGCUGGGUGGAGUAAAGAGUCAGCAGGGUAGUAUACAGGGGUCAGCAGAGCCGAGGAUAAGAGCUAGCAGAGCAGAGGACAGGGGUCACUGCUGGCAGGGCACUGAACACAGCUCCUUCUCCCAUCCCUGCACUGUACACAGCCUGGGCACAGGCAUCAGAUCUCCUCCUCCCCAUACAGCACAUAGCUGACAUCAGAUUCCCUUACACACAACCAUGAUCUGCUCAGCAUGUAGCUGGCUACUGC